UAGUUGGACGUGCAGGCAAAAGAAAGUCGAAAAAGUCCACUUCACAUGGAGUGAAUGCUAGUUUUCCAAUGAUGGCUGCCUAGUUAGAGAGAGAAAAGUCCUGAAUCCUUGUGUGAGAGUUGAGUGUCCAGAGAUUCCCAUCGGACUGGUUGGCAAGCUAGAAGAUCCAAGGCAAACGAGCAGUGAUUGUGGUUGUUGAUUGUUGGAUCGGUUGUGAAAUAAUAGUUAUUGAACCCUUGCUUAGACGCCCCAUUUGUGAUUCCAGGUGGAAAUAGAUAUGGCUAAAUUGGUGUUCACCAAGCAAGUCCAGGGCCAACUCUGUGACCCUGGAGAGAAGGCUCUUCUGUCUUGCGCUACGGAUGCCAAUAUCCCGGGCCUGACAGCCACAUGGCUCAAGGAUAACAAGCCUUUGGAUGACAAGAUCGCGGAUCGUGUGAAGGUCAUGGCUAAAGAGAACCACUUUACGCUGGAGGUAAAUGGCAGCGAUCCGGAAGACAGUGGGCAAUACACUUGCCGCGUUUCCAGUCCCAAUGGCGACACCAUCACCUGUUCGGGACAUUUGGAGGUCCAUAAAUUGACCCCAGCGGAAAAGAAGGAACGUGAGGAAUCGAAUCAUCCUGUUUUCUUGGUAAAGCUCCGAGACUCCGAAAUCCUUCACGGGUCCACGGCCUCAUUUAUGAUCCAUGUUAAAGGCAACCCCAACCCGGAUGUGAAAUUUUACAAGGACGGAGUUGAAAUCAAGGAAGAUAGUCGGAUUUCCGUGAAUCGUGAUCAUGCUCCCCAUGGGAGCUACGAGCUCACUGUUCAUCAAGUGAAAGAGGAUGACUCUGGAAGUUACUCUGUGGCUGCACUCAACACCUGCGGAACCGCUGAAUGUGUGGCUGCAGUCACCACCAAAGACGCCAAGGACGUGUUUGCCUUGCUUCAAGGCCACGAAAAGAAGGUGGCGGCUGGAGAAGAACCCACAUUCACGUGGUUCAAGUCGGGACAAGAAUUCGACCCUGAGGACAGGUUCAAAGUCUUGUUCAAGGACGAGGAGGACACGCUUGCGUUGGUGUUCCAGCAUAUCAACCCCGAGGAUGCUGGCCUCUACACUUGUGUCGCCUCCACCUCCACAGGAAAAAUCUCUUGCUCAGCCGAACUCUCUGUGGAAGGAGGGGUCCAACAACUCUUGAAGGAGCCGGAACCGCCGAAGAUUAUUUCUUCUUUGGGAGACGUCGACUCUGCCGUGGGCUCAUCCGCCAUGUUGGAAUUCAAGAUGAAGGGUUAUCCCAGACCCAACAUCAAAUGGUCCAAGGAUGGGAAACCGAUUCAAGCCGGAGGCCGUUUCAAGUUCGUCAAUCCUGACCCUGAGACGUGCGCCCUUAUCAUCACCAAGGUCGAAGCCGACGACGAAGGCAAGUACGAGGUUGUCUUGGAGAACGACCUGGGACAAGCCAAGACCGAGGGUAAACUAGUUCUGGCCGGAGCCCCCCAGUUCAAGGAGAAAAUUGGGGAUCAAACCACCGCCAUCGACGACCCGUGGAAGAUCGUGGCCAAAGUCACCGGCAAUCCUCAACUCACAUGGUACAAGGACGGUGUCCCAAUCAAGGAGGACGGACGGAUCAAAUGCGUCAAGAUCGACGAUGAGACCUUUGAGCUCCAGUUUACGUCAACUCAAACCGAGGACAAUGGCAAUUGGGCCGUAAUCGCGAGAAACCCUCAGGGUGAAAUGUCGCAAUUCUUUCAAUUCUCGGCUCAGAUGCUGCCUAGAUUUGAGGUUAAGUUGUCGGAUGUGGAGACCAACGAGAACAAGGAGGUCGUUCUUAAGUGCAAGAUUGCUUGCAUUCCUCCGCCUGAGGUCACAUGGUUCAAGGGCGGUACGGACAUCACCAAGGAUCCUCGGUUCAAAGCCAGCCGUGACAAGAGUGGCUUCGAUUGCUUACAGAUUCCCAGCAUUUCUCGCGGAAUGGCCGGGGAAUUCGAGGUGAAGGCCACCAAUGACAUGGGAACGGCCGCUUGCAAAUGCAACGUUAAAGUCAAUACCAAGCCCGUGUGUGACGACAUGGAAGACUCUGACGCCUUUGAGAACGACGAGUUUGCGUUCAAAAUCGAAUGUGACGGCGAUCCCAAACCCGUGUGCAAGUGGACCAAGGAUGGUAAAGCCAUCGAUUUGGCCGAUGGCCAUGUCACCAUUUCCGAGAGUAAUGGUAUCUACUCACUGAAUUUGAAACCCGUGAAAAUGGACGACAAGGGCAAGUACGAAGCAGAAUUCACCAAUCGAGCUGGAGAGAAGAAGGUUGGAGCCAAUCUCAACGUGUUAGCCGAGGAUGAGUUGAAGAAACCUAAGUGCAUGGAGGACCUAAAAGACAAGAAGGCCAAUAAAGGUGAUAAAGCCUUCUUCCAUGUCAAAAUCCGAGGAGAGCCCACCCCAACAGUGAAGUGGUUUCUGAACGACAAAGAGUUGACCGAAGGCGGACGCUUCCAUAUGUCCGAAAAGGACUUUGUUUACCGUCUGGACAUCAAGGACAUUUCAGAAGAUCUCGUUGGUAAGGUCAAGGUCGUAGCCAUGAAUGAAAAUGGAGAAGACUUGAGAGAGGCUGCUCUUGACGUUUUGUACGAGCCAGAGUUCGAAACUAUGGGCGAAUUCAAGGCUGGACCGGGAGAUGUGGCGAAGGUCGUAUGCCGAGUGAAGGCCUCGCCUGAUCCCGACAUUUUCUGGUCCCGAAAGGGUGAGGAUGGAAAAGUGGAAAAGAUUGAAAUCAAGCCUGGUUCCAAAUGGGAAAGAUGCCAUUUGUCAAUGGAAAAGGAUGGACCCUGGGAGGUUCACACUCUCACCAUCAAGGAUACAGUCUUGGAGGAUGCUGGUGAAUAUCAAGUAAAUGCCAGCAAUCGUGUUGGCAAGAAGGAGGUCAUCGGAAGCCUGAAAGUGGUCACCGAGCCACCAAAUUUCCCUGUCCCGUUGCACGAUGUCAACACCAAGUUGGGUUCCACUGAGGUGUUCCAAGUUGUGGUUGGCGGUGUCCCCAAGCCGCAAGUUCAAUGGAUGAAAGGCGACAAAGAGUUGAAGAAGAACAAACGCAUGCUCUUGGAGGAGGAGGAAGUUGACGGGGGCAAGAUCAAGUACAAACUGACAAUCACGGACAUUGACAUGAAGGAUUUUGGCGAUAUCGUCUUGAAGGCCACCAACAUGGCUGGAGAGGCUGAGUCUGUGAGCGUAUUCCAAAUCAACCCUGUCAAACCUACCAUUGAAGCAGACUUCCCCAAGAUUGCCGAGAUGAAAGAAGGCGGCGACUUUGUGCUCACUGCCAAAGUGGACGGAUCUCCCCCUCCAACGGCCAUUUGGUUGUGUGAAGGAGAGCCCGUUAAAGCCGACGGCAAGAGAAUCAUCAUUACGGAGGAGGAAGCCGACGAUGGCAAUGGCAUCGUGACCACGCUGAGGAUUGUGGGUUGCAAGGACGAGGAUAGCGGAAAAUAUACUCUAUUGGUGAAGAACUCGGCCGGAGAAGCUCACAUGGAUUCGGUUCUAGAUGUGGCUGGAAAGCCCAAAGCUCCAAAGGUCAUCAAAGAAAUCGAGCCGAAAGAAGUCACCAUCCCUGGAAAAACUCAACUGAAACUCUCUUGCAAAAUCUCAGGUCAGCCCACACCUGCCAUCAAAUGGUUUCGCGAUGGCAAUGAGAUCAAGGUUCGCAAGGGCGUUUUGAUCUCUCAGGAUGCUGGUGGAGGGGCUACCCUCAUCAUUGAGAAGGCCCAAGUCAGCGACGCGGGUAAAUACACUGCCCAAGGUAUCAACGAGGUAGGACAGGCUGAGACUUCGUGCACAGUCCAUGUCACUCAGCCCAAUGAAGAGCCGAAGUUCACUUCCUUGCUACGGUCGGCGAAGGCCGUCGAGGGAUCACCGGUGAAGCUCGAAGGAAAGGUUACCGGUCAUCCCAUGCCAACUAUUAAAUGGUUGAAGAAUGAGCAGGAAUUCAUUCCUGACGGCAAGCGUGUCAAAGCCUUCAUGAAUCCCGAUGGAACCUUCGGUCUUAUCUUUGAAACCACAGUCGGUGACGACAAAGGUGCCUACACUGCCGUGGCCGUUAACGCUGAGGGAGCAGAGGCCAGGUCAACUGCCAAUGUGGCCAUUCGAACCAGAAUGAAGGAGGGCGUGGAAAAAGCCUUGCCGUCUUUCGCCAGGCCUCUGGGAGACAUCGCUGUGGAUGAAGGCCAAAAGCUCAGGAUUACCACACCCAUUCGAGGUAACCCCGUCCCGACUUUUUCUUGGACCAAGGAUGGCAAACCAUUGGAUUCUGAUCGCGUUCAUUUCUUCAGUGAUGGAGAAUUGAUUGGCAUGGAAAUUUCCGAUGCCGUCUUAGCUGAUGCAGGCAAGUAUGAAUGCCAUUUGGUCAACGAAGUUGGUAAGACAACGGGGGAGUGCAAUGUGACCGUGCACAAGAUCUUCAAACCACCUGUGUUUACCAAGCAUCUGACCGAAGUGAAGCAAAUCCCGGGCUGCGAUGCGAGGUUCAUCUGUGAAGUAGGAGCCAAUCCAAAACCAGAGAUCCAAUGGCUCUUUAAUGGUAAACCAGUCGAAGAUGGAGGCCGUUAUAAGAUCAAGACCAAUGGUAACAUUCGAUCGCUAAACAUCAAGAAGAUCACGGAGGCCGACAUGGGCGAGUACAAGUGUGUGGCCAAGAACAAAGAAGGUGAAGCUGAGAGUAAGGCCAACCUCGAGGUCGUUGAAUAUGUGGAACGCAAGCGCAGCAACGCUCCUGAGUUCUUGAAAACCUUCGGAGAUGAACUUGUCUUCCGAGGCAUGAGUGCCAGAUUCACCGCUUUGGUCAGUGGCGAUCCUGAGCCCGAGUUCGAAGUUCUAUUUAACGGCGAGCCCCUUUUGGACUCUGACAGGAUCCACAUCAGCCGUGAUCGAUCGGGCUUAAUCCGAGUGAACCUUGUGUACGUGGAAGAAACCGAUAUUGGAAAGUAUGGCUUGCGAGUUUGGAACGAGCAUGGCGAAGCCUUCUGCGAGUCCAAGCUCAUGUAUGACGGCCUUGAAGUCCAACCUGACCAAUCAUUGGGUGAUUGCUACAUGGGAUUCGACAAAUACAGCAUCAGUGGACUUCCGAUUGCCUUGCCGGACAAGCCUCUGGUCACUCAAAUGUCGGACACGAAAGUAACUCUCACUUGGAAGCCGGCUCUGGCUUUGGGACCCAAUCUGGCACCCUACUACAUGGUGGAAAUGGCCGAGUACCCGGAAGGGGAUUGGGUCGAGGUUUAUGAGGAGGUCAGGGGCAUUAGCUGUGACAUCAAUGGCCUCACGCCCCUCCGCGAUUAUCGCUUCAGAGUUUCUGUUCGCAAUCGCUUUGGACUUAGUGACCCAUCGCCCUACUGCGUGGCCCAUAGGACACUUUUGGCGGAUGAUAUGAUUCCCAAGGACCUGUUUUUGGAAGAAGGAGCCAAAUUUGACUUGUCGCAGUCAUGCCGCUUUCCCAAGGGCUUUGACAUCUACAAGGAGCCCUAUGAAGGGUUCACUCAUGCCCCUCGGUUUUUGCAACAAGAGGAUAAAACGCAAUACGGUGUGAAGAAUGCUUCACCUGAAAUCAUGUGGAACUUGUACGGUUUCCCCAUGCCCGAUGUGUCCUUCAAGUUUGAAGGUCAGGACAUCGAGAUUGGGGACAAGUUCUCGUUCAACUACUCAAGGAAUGGCGUGGUUAGUCUUCAAGUGAGGGCGUUCUCCGCUGCUGAUGUGGGCGUUUACGAAUGUGUGGCACGGAAUGACUCAGGCGAGGCCAGUCAAUCGGUUCAAAUGCUCCUGGCCCAACCUCCAGAAUUCAUUCGAGCUCCCACCGAAGUCAACUUGGUGGGGGUCAAUGGAGGCAAGAUCGAAUGCCAGAUCUUUGGUGUGCCCACGCCCAAAGUGGUGUGGUACAAGGAUUAUCAUCCACACAAGGAAACAUUCCGUGUUCAGGCCUACCAUUACCCUCCAGAUGUGUACACCAUGUACUUCGAAGACUACAUCACCAAGGACGAAGGUCUUUACACUGUGGUGGCUUCCAACAUGUGUGGCUCUAUUAACCACUCGGUGAUUGUGAGGAUCAUGGAGGACGAGAGGGAAUAUGAAUGGAUGACCUACCGGAGGACCAAGCAAAUUAUCCCCAAAACACGUGGGUUUGAUAAAUACUAUCACAUGUGCGAGGAAAUUGGCCGUGGCACUCAAGGAAUAACUAGCUUCGUACAACAAAUCAUGCCCAUUGAAGCCGACCAAUCAGGUCACCACGUGGUUGAGGAGGCGGAUUCCAAGUACUGGUGGCUUCAUCGCGGAGUAAAGGAACAUGCUCCCACCAUUGACCCAGUCAUGAUCCCGUAUCGCUUCACUGGCGGUAACUUUGCAGCCAAAACAAUGCACGGCACCGGACAAUUCAAGUCAUGGAUGAUGAACGAGUUCGAGAUGAUGAACUUGCUCCAUCACCCCAAGCUGAUCCGCUUGGUGGAUGCCUAUGAUGCCCGGGAUGAGAUGACCCUCAUCACGGAAAUGGCCACUGGCGGCGAGCUCUUGGAUGUAGUCACCUCCGAGAAAUACAUCACCGAGAUCGAGGUGGCCAUGAUCGUUCGGCAAAUUCUCGAGGGCUUGGAAUACAUGCACUCCAAGAGCAUCGGUCAUCUCGGUUUGACCCCCUGUGAUGUACUGUUCACUCGACCUGGAGGCACCGACCUCAAGAUUGCCGAUUUCUCCCUCGCCAAACGAAUUGUGGGCAGUGUCAAGACUGAAUACGGCCAACCCGAGUUUGUGGCCCCCGAAAUUGUGAACGGUGAAGGAGGUGGUUUUGGAUCUGACAUGUGGUCAGUGGGCAUCAUCACUUAUCUCCUACUGUCUGGGGUCUCUCCCUUCCGUGGCCAGAAUGACCGGGAAACCCUGCAACGUAUCCAAAUGGGGGAUAUCGAUUUCGACUUUGAGUUGUGGCAAAACAUCUCCCGAGAGGCCAAACAUUUCGUUGCCAACAUGCUGGUUUACAAACCCGAAGAGCGAAUGAGUGUUCGCCAAGCACUGGCUCAUCCUUGGCUCCAGAUCCUCAAGCAACCUGGCAUCGAAAUCAGUGAGCAGUAUCAAAUCUCCACCGAGAGAUUGAGGAACUAUUAUAAUGGGUUGAAGGAAUGGUAUGCCAACGCCUCCUGUGACUUCUUUUACCGUCGACGACCUUUGGCCGGGGCCUUCACUCAUCCCUCGUGCAUGGUUUAUCCACCUGGUGAGCCUGAGCCCAUGCCUGAGAGGACCCCCGAACCACCCAAAUUGGAGGAGAGAGAAUGGCGUCGACCAUCUUACACCAUUGAGCCAUUCGAGAACCCAUCCAAUUACCAAAUUGGACCCGACUCGUACUUGCUUCAAGUCAAGGAUCCCGGGUUCCCGGCACGGCUCCGAGAGUAUCUGGGUGUGGCUCGAACAACCAGCAGAGAGUUUAGGGAUGUGACGUGCCCCAUUGUGAAAGAGCGGAGGCGAUUCAUUGACGUCAUGGAAGAGGAAAUUGAGAUUCGUCGAGAGGAUCGCUUGGAGGCUUGGGGUCGAGAUGAUUUCUCGAUUUAUAAGCCCCACAAGGUCCUCCAAGUUCAGGAGGGUGAAGAAGUUACCAUGGAGUACACCAAGGAGAGGGAGGUGAUCGAUGGAACCACGCCUUUCUUCAGAGAGAAGCCCAGUGAUUUGGCUUUGGCUGAGGGCGAGCCUCUGGAGAUCACCUGCAUGGUGGCCGGGGAUCCCAAGCCCUCGAUCCAAUGGUUGAAGAACGACCUCGUGUUCAUGGAUGACUCGAGACUCUCUUUGUCCAGUGAUGACGUGGGACGAUCCCGAUUGAUCUUGGAUCCAGCCAUGCCAUCUGAUGCCGGUCUGUACAAGAUCGUAGCUCGAAAUGUGCUCGGUCAAUCCGUUUGUAACGUGCGCGUGGUUCUCGGAGACAUACCUGAAUCGCCGGACAGUCCAAUUGUGGAAGCAAUGACUGACACGGACAUGCUCUUGUCGUGGAAGACACCCAGUCGUCUCAACCAUUCCCCCAUCAUCUGCUACAAGGUCCAAAUGGGCUACAUUGAUACGGACAUUGAUUGGGUGGAUCUGGCCGACGACAUCAAGCACGAGUAUUUUGUCAUUGACAAUCUCCGUCCUUCCAAUGGCUACAAGUUCCGAGUGGCAGCUAUGAACAAAUUUGGCUGGAGUAUCCCGUCCAUUCCAUCUGGCAUUGCCAUGACACCCUCGAGUGGAUCCAGCAAGGCCGAGUUCUACGACAUCUUGCAAAUGCUUCAGGCUCGAGAGGACAUCAACCUGGACUGUGAAGACAACAUCCUCUCCUAUGAGAACGAGAAGAAGGCUAGCAAGAUGUCAAAUGAGACGCCCAAGGAAGUGGAUUUCAUGUCCGAACUCAUGCUAGGUCAGUUCUCGCUCACUUGCAAUAUCAGUCACAAGGGUAAAAUCUCCACGGCCAAAAUCUACGACAAAUCGGAUCCUGACGGCGCGGAUGCGGCUAAGCGAGAGUUCAAAAAUCUCAAGUCUCUUCGCCACCAAAGAAUGGUGACCCUUGUGGAGGCCUUCGAGAACGACAAGAUGUGUCUCUUGAAGAUGGACACCUUACCCGGAACGGAUGUUUUGAGUUAUUUAGCCGAGCGUGCCACUUAUUCCGAGCAAAUGGUGGCAGAUAUAGCCAGUCAGGCGAUUGACGCCCUCGGUUAUAUUCAUUGGCGAGGCAAGGUCUAUCUCAAUUUGGAGCCGGGAAACAUCAUUGUUUGCUCGGGUCGCUCCCUUGGCAAGACUGUCCAAGUGAAAUUGGCCAACUUUGAGACCGCUCAAACGGUGGCCGAGACCGGAACACAAAUCAAAGGAUCCUACAACUUCGACUAUGCCGCUCCCGAGAUCCUGAAGGAGGCCCAAGCAUUUCCCCAAUCCGAUGUGUGGAGCUUAGGUGUUCUCUUGUACGUGCUUCUGUCCGGUCAACUCCCUUUCAAGGGUGAGACAGCAGAGGAAACACGGGACAAUAUCCUCAAUGUCCGGUUCAAAUUUGAGUGGCUUUACAAAGAGACCACCAUGGAGGCCACCCGAUUAUUGAUGUGGAUCUUUAAGAGCACUCCUUGGAAACGUCCCUCAUUGGAAGAGAUCCAAACUCACCGUUGGCUGAAUCCCUUUGAUUAUAUGGCGAAGAAACGGGCCAGAGCUUAUUUCCCAUCUAUCAGGAUACAGAAAUUCGCCCGAGAAUACCACCGAUCUCGCCCACGGAUGGAAAUGGAUGCCGCAUCGUUUUUCUCCAAGAUGCUUGAUUAAGCGGCAACAGGCAUUCCCGAUAAAGGUCGUUCGACGAGGAAGACCAUCCCAUUGAUAAAUCCACAGCAGCAAAAACCUUAUGUCUUCCCAUUUGAUCUUAGUCUUUGUCCUUUUUCUGUCUCAUUGUCUCUCUUUCUCUCUCUCUCUCCCCCAUGUCAAUGUCUGAAUAAAGUAUCACUCUCCACUUGAAAAAACGUUGCAAUACAAUGGUGACAGCUUUAAAAAAAUACA